AAACAUAACAUCAGUAAUCUGUAAUCUGUACCUGUUCUGUGGUUGUAGUGUUACAGUUAAUAGAUAGUAGUUACAUAACACUAAAUAGUAAAUAGUAAACAGUAUAAUAAGUGACAAGUGUGUAGGUACUGAUUUAUACUUGUUAAACGUCUAGCACGAUUUAAGAUAUCUUUAAACGUGGAGUUUAGUUAGGUAUUCUUUAGGUACCUAUUCAAUAAUUGAAGACCAAUCCAACUUUUUUUGAUUAAUAGUAGAACAUGUCAGAAGUCCCAAAAAGUGAAGAACCAUUGUCUGCGACCAUUGCUCGUCACUACGAUAAUGGAGAAAAUAAUUUAUCAGCACGAAAUGAAUCUCGUAUUUUGUAUUUACGCAAUUUUAACAAUUGGGUAAAAUCAACUCUUAUCCAGGAAGCAGUAAUAAUGCUUAGAAACAGUAGAAUUCACGAUGGAAAAAUGCAUGUAUUAGACUUUGCUUGUGGUAAAGGUGGCGAUUUAAAUAAAUGGAGAAAUUCAAGUUGUAUGGAGCAUCUCGUGGCUGUAGAUAUAUCUCCUGGAUCAAUAACAAAUUGUCAUUCCAGAUAUGAAGAGAUGAAAAGGAGAAAUAAAUACUUAUUUGAUGCUCAAUUUAUUGUCGCAGAUUGCACUAGAGUAAAUAUAAAUACAUUAUUUAAAGAUCCAUCUAUGAAAUUACAUUUGGUAAGUUGUCAAUUUGCAUUUCACUAUUGUUUUGAAAGUUUACAACAAGCGGAAUGCAUGCUAAAAAAUGUGUCAGAAAAUUUGGUGAGUGGUGGAAUAUUUAUAGGUACUAUACCUAAUGCCAGAGAAAUUGUGAGACGUCAAAAAGAAUGUGGUAAAAAACAAUUUGGUAACAGUAUCUAUAAUAUUGAGUUUAUGUGCGAUAUUGACAAACCAUUUCCAUUAUUUGGUGCAAAAUAUAAUUUUCAUUUAGAAGGAGUUGUCGACUGCCCAGAGUUCCUAGUUUACUUUCCUGUUUUGGAAAAGUUAGCUAAAAGUUAUGGAUUGGAACUAAAAAUGAAAAUGACAUUUGCCGAAUACUUUGAAAAACGAUCAAAUUUAGAUGCAAAUCUCUUGAACCGUUUAACAGCUUUAGAGUUCUAUCCUCCACGGAAAGGAACUGAACUCAUGGGAAUAGAAGAUGAAGAUUAUGACAAAGCCAAACAGUUUUUAAAAGAAAAUAAACUAGAGAGUGUUGGAACACUAUCAAAAUCUGAAUGGGAAGUUGCAACUCUGUAUAUGGUGUUUAUGUUCCAAAAAAUGUAGCCUAGUUAAUUGAAGAUCUAAUUUGAAUUAAAUUGAAAUAAUUUACUAAAUAUUGAUUAUAUAAUUUAUUUAUGUAUAUAUUUUUUUAUAUAAAAUAAAUAAACAAUAUGAAUA